AUGGCGGGAAACGAUUGGAUAAACAGUUACCUUGAGGCGAUCCUGGACGUCGAUCCAGGAAUCGACAAUGCGAAAUCAUCGUUGCUGUUGAGAGAGAGAGGACGAUUCAGUCCCACUCGAUACUUCGUCGAAGAAGUCAUCACCGGCUUUGAUGAGACCGAUCUUCAUCGAUCUUGGGUUCAAGCUUCAUCGAUUCGGAAUUCACAGGAGAGGAAUACGCGUUUGGAAAAUAUGUGUUGGCGUAUUUGGAAUUUGGCUCGCAAGAAAAAACAGAUUGAGGGGGAAGAAGUUCAGCGUACAAGUAAACGGCACCAUGAACGUGAAAGGGGUCGUAGAGAAGCAACUGCUGAUAUGUCUGAAGACUUAUCAGAAGGAGAGAAAGGGAACUUGGUCAGUGACAUGUCGGCCCAUGGUGAUAGCAUUAGGGGAAGAAUGCCUAGGAUCUGUUCUGUAGAUGUGAUGGAGAACUGGGCUAGUCAACACAAGGAAAAGAAACUUUACAUUGUAUUAAUCAGGCAUGGAUUUCCUUUAGGAUCCUUAUGUCUGGAAGUAUUUUCCAAAAUCUUAUCUGUUUUUCUUCAUGGUUUAAUCCGGGGUGAAAAUAUGGAGCUUGGUCGGGAUUCUGACACGGGUGGCCAGGUUAAGUAUGUUGUAGAGCUAGCCAGAGCCUUAGGCGCAAUGCCUGGAGUUUACCGGGUUGAUUUGCUGACACGCCAAGUAUCAGCACCAGAUGUAGAAUGGACUUAUGGUGAGCCAACAGAGAUGCUAAACCCAGUGAACACUGAAACUUCCAUGCAAGAAAUUGGGGAGAGCAGUGGUGCUUAUAUAAUCCGCAUACCAUUUGGCCCAAAAGAUAAAUAUGUAUCUAAGGAACUCCUUUGGCCCCACAUUCCUGAAUUUGUUGAUGUUGCACUUAGCCAUAUUAUGCAGAUGUCCAAGGUUCUUGGUGAGCAAAUUGGUGGUGGCCAACCAGUCUGGCCUGUUGCAAUUCAUGGACAUUAUGCAGAUGCAGGUGACUCUGCUGCUCUCCUGUCUGGAGCUUUAAAUGUGCCGAUGCUUUUGACUGGCCACUCACUUGGACGAGACAAGCUCGAACAGCUUCUGAAACAAGGGCGACAAUCCAAGGAAGAAAUAAAUGCAACAUACAAAAUAAUGCGGCGCAUAGAGGCUGAAGAGAUAUCGAUUGAUGCUUCUGAAGUGAUUAUUACUAGCACAAGGCAUGAGAUAGAAGAGCAAUGGCGUCUGUAUGAUGGAUUUGACCCAAUAUUGGAGCGCAAACUUAGAGCAAGGAUCAAACGCAAUGUGAGCUGUUAUGGCAGGUUUAUGCCUCGUAUGGUUGUAAUUCCUCCUGGAAUGGAAUUUCAUCACAUUGUUCCGCAUGAAGGUGAUAUAGAUGGGGAAGCAGUAGAAAAUGAAGAUAAUCCAAAGACUCCAGAUCCGCACAUUUGGUCUGAGAUAAUGCGUUUCUUUACCAAUCCACACAAGCCUAUGAUACUUGCCCUUGCCAGGCCAGAUCCAAAAAAGAACUUAAUAACUUUAGUUAAAGCUUUUGGAGAGUGCCGUCCAUUGAGGGAGCUCGCAAACCUCACAUUAAUAAUGGGCAAUCGUGAUGCAAUUGAUGAAAUGUCUGGAACAAAUUCAUCUACUCUUCUUUCAAUUUUGAAGUUGAUUGACAAAUAUGAUCUGUAUGGGCAAGUGGCAUAUCCUAAACACCACAAGCAGUCUGAUGUUCCUGACAUAUACCGUCUGGCAGCAAAAACGAAGGGAUUGACAGCUACUUUGGAGUUGCAAAGUGGGAGAGCAAGGAUGCCUGUUGCUGCAAACAGUCCUUAUCUCCAAUCCCUAGUUUUAUUGGGUGUCUUCAUCAAUCCAGCUUUUAUUGAGCCAUUUGGUCUCACCUUAAUUGAGGCAGCAGCUCAUGGUCUGCCUAUUGUUGCCACAAAAAAUGGAGGUCCUGUUGAUAUUCAUCGGGUUCUUGAUAACGGUCUGCUAGUUGACCCCCAUGAUCAGCAGUCUAUUGCUGGUGCACUUCUGAAGCUUGUUGCUGAUAAGCAACUUUGGGCAAGAUGCAGGCAGCAUGGACUGAAUAAUAUUCACCUUUUCUCAUGGCCAGAGCAUUGUACAGCAUAUCUAGCUCGAAUUGCUAGUUGCAGACCAAGGCAUCCACAAUGGCAAAGAAGUGAUGACGAAUGUCAAAAUUCAGAAUCAGAUUCACCUGGUGAUUCUUUGAGAGAUAUACAGGAUAUAUCUCUUAACUUAAAGAUCUCACUGGAUGGUGAGAAAAAUGAAGGGAGUGGCACUAUUGAAAAUGCUUUAGAUUCUGAAGAAAAUGCCAUUGGUGGGAACAAGCAAAUAGAGAAUGCAGUUUUGACACUUUCGGAGGGCGGGUCCACAGAGCAUGGAAUGAUUAAGUUAUCAAUGUUAAAGAGGAGGAAGUUCAUCUUUGUCAUUGCUGUGGAUUGUGAUCCAAUUUCUGAUCUACUUGGUACCAUCAAAAUAAUUGUUGAGUCCUUGGGGAUGGACAAGAGUGCAGGCUCCAUUGGCUUUAUAUUGUCAUCAUCCUCAACCAUAUCUGAGGUGCACUCUCUUCUGGAGUCGGGAGGCUUUAGUCCUAUGGAUUUUGAUGCUUUUAUCUGCAACAGUGGCAGUGAGCUCUAUUAUCCAUUGUCCAGUUCAGAACACAGUUCUGGGAUUCCGUAUGUAGUAGACUCAGAUUAUUGUUCACACAUUGAUUAUCGCUGGGGUGGAGAUGGUUUGAGGAAAACUUUAGUUCGUUGGGCUGCUUCUAUUAAUGAUAAAAAGAAAGAAGAUGGACAAGUUAUUGCAGAAGAAGACUCAGGAUCUUCAGAAUGCUAUACCUUUAAAGUGAAAAACCCAGCAUUGGUAAUUCUAAUUUGCAUAUUAUUCUCUUUCUCUCUCUCUGUGGAUGCUUUUUAA